AGUUCAGUUUAUUUCUAGACCCCGAACGGGAAACAUAGAUUUUUUUUUAAUUUUACCGAAAUAUAAGUUUCCAGAAUUUUUUUUGAAUUCAAUUAUUUUUUGCUUAAAUAUGUCGAACAGUGCCAGCGAGUCUAGUGGAGUGAGAGUGGGAUGUGGGUUUCGUGUGCCCAAUAUAAGAAGAUGGUUUGGCGCCGAUCGCCGAGGAAGGCGUGUGCUGAGUUUGGCGUCGCAACGGUGGCGUGAGCCGGAGCUAGAUACAAUGGCAGGAGCUGGUUGCUCGAAGACACCCAGGAAGCGCGCCGCCUCUAAGCGCAAGCGUAAAGGCACACGUAGCAAGGCCAAGCCCAAGCGGGCCAAGUCGUCUUGCGCCAAACGCAGGCGACGCAAGUCUGCUGCCGCCAAGAAGUGCGUGCCUAUGCCCAAGGCCAAGGCUAAGGCCAAGCGCUCUGCCAAAAAGCCUCAGCCGAAAAGAAAAGCUGCGAAGCGCAAGAACUGUUAA